AUGAAAGGAAAUCGAGUUGAAUUCUUGUGCCUUAUUCUUUUAGGAAUGGUCAACGCAUCGAUUUUGGGCAUUGACUUUGGUACACAGUAUAUGAAGAUUGCCAUUGUUCGUCCGGGUUCUCCUUUUGAAAUUGUAACCGACUUGAGCAGUAAAAGAAAAACUCCUUCCGCGAUCAUUUUUGACGAGAAUACGCGUACUUAUGGUUAUGAUGCCUUGAGUGCGGGAGCAAGAAAGCCGGAUAACGUUUUUAUUCGUAUGGCGCGUUUAUUGGGUCAAGGACCCGAAAGUACGUUGACCGAGGAAUUCAAAGAGCUCAAGUUUCCCUACGAGUUCAAGCUCACUGAACGAAACACUUGGUCUGUAAAAUUCCCAAAGGGUGUUGGAUUUGACGAUGUUGAGUACCUCACCGCCGAAGAAAUCAAUGCGAUGAUUCUGGGUUAUGCUCGGAGUUUGGGAGAACUAUUUGAUAACGAACAGAAGAUCGUGGACUGUGUAGUUACCGUUCCUACCUACUUCACCUAUCAUGAACGCCAGGCGAUUCUGGACACUGCCUCGCUGAUCGGAAUGAACGUUCUCUCCCUGAUCGACGAAACUACGGCUGCAGCCCUGCAGUACUCCGUAAACAAGGAGUUUGGGAACAAAACCCACCGUGUUAUGUUUUACGAUAUGGGAGCGGGCUCUGUCCAGGUAGCGAUCGCUGAGUUCUUCACCAAGACCGACAAAAAGACGAAGCUUCCUCGUCGUUACUUUGAUAUUCUGAGCAAGGCAUGGGACGAAAAUUUGAGCGGAGCCUACUUGAGUCAAGCGCUUGCCGAUAAGUUUGCGGAUGACUUUUACCAGCAGCACCACCUUGAUGUGCAUGGAAAUCGCAAGGCUGAGUAUCGUCUUCGCGCUCUUGGUGAGAGAAUGAAAGAAAUGCUCUCUGUCAACGAAAAGCUCCCAGUGAACGAAGGCACGCUCUUCCAAGAGCGAGACCUCUCAACACUCGCCACCAAGCAAUUUGUACAGGAGCAGAGCGCACAGUUCACCGAGCGCCUCGUGGCUCCCGCGCUGAAAGCGUUGCGAGACGCCAAGCUCUCCGUGAGCGAUCUGCAGGCGAUCGAAGUGAUCGGAGGAAGCAUCCGCGUUCCCUCCUUCCAGAAAGCGCUUCGCGACGGACUCAAUCGAGACAUCCUGGACAUGCACUUGAACGGCGAUGAAACGGUCGCUCUGGGCGCCGCGUUCCGCGCUGCGAACGUCUCGACAGCUUUCAAGCCUCGGUUUGUGGGAAUCUCGGACAUCUGCCCCUUCUCGAUCGAUGUGGAACUCUACCGAGAACAGCCCGAAGCGGGUCUAGUGGAGGAAGAGGAAACGGCCGAAGAGGAGGAAGGGGUCGAUCUCGAGGAGCCUGUCUUGGAUGCGGCGACGGAGAAGCAGCAGCACGAUUUCCUGCUCAAGAACAAGCGAACGCGCCGGUCGAAGUCGCUGUACGCACGCGGAAGCCAUUACAAGACGCAGCGGAAGAUCACCGUGUCGGCGUAUGAGGACUUCCUGGUGCAUCUGUCGUACUCGCACAUGGAAGAGCUCCCUGAGCACGCAGUGUGGGCGGUCGAUCGUGCCGAGUGAUUUGUAGGUCGCCGAUCGCCACGUAUAACAUCACCGGAAUUGCAGACGGAAUCGCGUCGAUUGGAGAGAAGCGUCUGGGUCAGCCGAAUACUACGCUGGUUUUCCUGAAUGAUAUGAGCGGAAUCGUGUACUUGAAGGAGGCGUUCUUGAAAGUUCGGUACGAGUACCAAGAAGAAGUGGAGGUGGCAAAGCCCAAGAAUGUGCUGAAGAGUUCUGACCAGGGAGACGAGGGAAAGAAGGAGGUCGCGGAGGAGGAUGCAGCAGCCAAGCAGGCGGAGGAGGAUGCAGCAACCAAGCAGGCGGAGGAGGAUGCAGCAACCAAACAAUCGGAGGAGGAUGCAGCAGCCAAACAAUCGGAGGAGGAUGCAGCAGCCAAACAAUCGGAGGAGGAUGCAGCAGCCAAACAAUCGGAGGAGGAUGCAGCAGCCAAGCAGACAGAGACAGAAAAAGAAAAAGAAAAAGAAACGCAAAGUCCCACAGAGGGCGAUUCCGAUUCGGAUGCGGAUGCCGAAACAGAACCAGAAAAGACCUCUUUGGAUGAACCGCUCGCCAAGGAAGGCGCGAAUGAAUCGAGUGGCGAAAAGGAGCCCAAGAAGGACAUUGUGCUGGUAACAAAGCGCAAGAUUCGAAAGAUCCCACUGCGUGUCACUUCGCUUCUCGACCGUCUGGUGAUUCUUCCAAUGACCGAUGCGGAACGCCAGCGAAGCAAAGACUUGUAGGUCUGCGAAAUAGUUCUUUGAUGCGAAUAGACUACUCCGUAUUCAGAAACGGGACGAUGAGUAUCGCGAGCGCCAGAGAAUCAUCAACCAGCACGAAGCUUUUAUUUACGAUUCGCAGAGCCGACUGGAGGAAGAGGAGUUCGUCAACUUUUCUACCCAAGAAGAGCGCGAAGAGAUCGGCAAGUUACUCUCUGAGAACGAGGACUGGUUAAUGGACGAGGCCACGAACGAGACUCCCUCUUCGGAGUACAAGCAGCGAUAUCUGGAUAUGAAGACGGCGAUGAAUCGCGUGGAAAACCGCAUUGACGAUUACAACCGAAAGUUGGAGGAGGAGCGAAAGGCGAAAGAAGAAGCCGAGAAGAAGGCGAAAGAAGAGGCCGAGAAGAAAGCCAAAGAGCAAGAGGAAGCUGAGAAGAGAGCAAAGGAAGAGGCUGAAAAGAAGACAACUGCCCAGAACGCUACGGAAACAGCGGAAACGAGCAGUGCCCCUGAUUCUGCCAAUGCAACCAACACGGAGAACCAAAGCGAGGCGGCAAAGACACAGGAAGCGGAGAACGAUGAAGGGAUGUGCAGUGUAAAUGGUUGUUCUGACGAGAACACAGAUUUGUAAUUGUGGGUUAUA